CCCGUGAAUAAAAAAAUACGAAGAUCAGCUAGGCAAUCUUGAAUUCAGAAUUUCCUGCAUCUAAAGAUGCUUCCCCUUUCUUUGCUCAAGACUGCACAGGGUCAUCCCAUGUUGGUGGAGCUAAAAAAUGGAGAGACUUAUAAUGGUCAUUUGGUGAAUUGUGAUACUUGGAUGAAUAUCCAUCUUCGUGAAGUUAUCUGUACGUCAAAGGAUGGAGAUAGAUUUUGGAGAAUGCCUGAAUGUUAUAUUCGUGGCAAUACCAUCAAGUAUCUUAGAGUUCCUGACGAGGUGAUUGAUAAAGUCCAAGAAGAAACAAAAAGCCGUCAAGAUCGAAAACCACCAGGUGUAGGUGGGCGAGGAAGAGGAAGAGGUGGUAGGGAUGAAGGUGGUGCUGGAAGACAGGCAAAAGGCAUUGGGCGUGGAAUGGAAGAUGCAGGUGCCAAAGGCCGGGGCAAAGGAGGACCUGGUGCCAAGUCUGGUGGAAAGGGUGGAGGCCGUGGACGCGGCUAAUCAUCUUCAUUUGGAGACAAAGGAGCCAGAGGACAAGUGGCACUUUAAAGGCCUACUAGAUAUAUUGUACUUAUCUAAUUUUGUUUGUAGUGCCAAAUUAUGAAGGUGCUUACUGGAGGAAAGGCUGCUUCCAUUUAUUUUUAGUUUGAGAUGGAAUGUAUUUAGGCUUGAAAUGCUCAAUCUCUUUUCUUUGUGAAGACAUAUGUAAGAGUUCGUGUCUGGAAAAUAUAUGCCAUCAGUAUGUGUGUUAUUUUAAAUGAAAAACUGAGCUAGUUUUCUUGCCGAA